GCGGCAUUAAAAAGGUUGAGAACCACUGGAUUAAGGCAUCAGGCUAGAAACCAGGAGACAGUGAGUUCUAAUCUAACCGUAGCUUUAGUCAUGAAAAGCAUUUAAUGCUGGAAGCUCCCCAGUUUUAAUUGCUAUGAGAUGGCCGGCAAAUAAAUUCUAUAAAGCCAGUUGUUCUCUCAAUCCAACUCACUUCACAGGGAUGUUGUGAGGAAAAUGGGAGAAAUGGGUGUGUUCACUGUGUUAUUUGAAAAAAAAACAAUAAAGGUGGGAUAUAAAUAAAUAAGUCUGGAUUAUCUUUGACACAGAGCACAACUAUCCAGCAAAAUAUGGCUCUUUAACCACCAUAUUGAGUUCAACAGGCAAUACUUUGACUUUCAACUAAAGAUGUAAAUUUGUUAGAUAGGGCCCAGUGUUCACGUCUGUUCAGUUCCUUCUGGAUCUUGAGCUAUCUUCUGGAAUGGUUGCUCUUCCCACCAGCUUGGUGUCAUGCAAAUUUAUGCGUGAAAAUUUAAAUAAGCCUUUUUCAAAACAAAAAUUAUCUAGUAAUGUUGCCAAACUUAGGUAGUUACUGUUUUUGGUGCAAUAAUUUAGUAUAUUUUUCAAGGUUUUUCCCACUGUCAUUUGCUAUUAGUAAUAUUCCUUUCUUGAGUGGUAUGGCUAAAAUUUAUAUAUAUAUUAUCUUUAGGAACUCUUGGAGCAUUGAUAGGUCGAGGAGGACAAAUCUUGUCCCUUUUUUCAGAAGGAGAAAAAAGGCUUAGGAAUUAAGUCAUUUUAACAUGGAAAAAAUUUACAGGAAAUUGCAAAACAAUUUAUACAUUUUGAAACAAACGUUAACACUAAAAGUCAGCGUCGAUUUGUAAAGGCAGCCUUAGAAAACUUUCGGGUAAUUUCCUUUGCAAAUUGUAGACAGGAAAUCACUUCGCACGUAAGAUCCCUGCGGGGUAUUCCCCGGCAAGGCUGUUCUUGGGAGCCUCGCAUAUAAGAGCAGUCUAUCCUUCGGCUCAAACUGAGGGGGACCACGAGCCAAUGAGCCCAGCGCUUGCCCCGCUUCGCCAAUCAAAAUUCACGGCGACCUUCUUGACCCGCCUUUUGUCCUCGCCGGUCCGUCGGCUGCGUCACUUUUCCCCUUCGCCAAUCGCCGAGUUCCCCGCGGGCGUCAUCACCUAUGCAAAGCCGUCUCCGUUCAGCCAAUGGGGCCGCGGGGGCGGGGCGGAGUCUCCCGACGGAGUUUUUAUAAGGGGGCUCCCCCCCCCGCCUUCAGCCAUUGCUCUGCUUCUCCUCUUCCUCCGCUGGUGGUUUCAGAUCGACAGGCGCAGCGACUAUGGCGCCUCUGGGGUACCCGCGCUUGCUCCUCCGAGCCUCCGCCCAGGCCGCUCUGGGAGGGGGCUGCGGCUGCAGACGCCUGCCGAGGGCUGCGCGCCGCCUGCACCUGACGGCUGCCAGGAAUGAAGCAGUUGUCAUUUCUGGACAGAAGCUGGCCCGGCAGAUUAGGCAAGAAGCCUGCCACGAAGUGGAACAGUGGGUUGCUGCUGGCCACAAAAGGCCCCACCUCAGCGUGGUUCUAGUGGGAGAAAAUCCUGCCAGCCAUUCCUACGUGCUGAACAAGACCCGAGCGGCCGCUGACGUGGGAAUUAGUAGCGAGACAAUCCUGAAACCGGCCUCUGUCACAGAGGAGGAGCUGCUUGAUUUAAUUGUCAAACUAAACCACGAUACCAAUGUCGAUGGCUUGCUUGUGCAACUUCCUUUACCAGAGCACAUUGACGAGCGAAAGGUCUGCAAUGCUGUGAACCCCGAGAAGGAUGUGGAUGGAUUCCAUGUGGUGAACGUAGGCCGCAUGUGCCUGGACCAAUAUUCCAUGUUGCCCGCCACACCUUGGGGCGUGUGGGAGAUCAUCAAGAGGACAGGGAUCCCAACCCUGGGCAAGAACGUGGUGGUGGCUGGGCGAUCCAAGAACGUCGGCAUGCCCAUUGCAAUGCUGCUGCACACUGACGGACGGCAUGAGCGCCCAGGAGGGGAUGCAACGGUAACAAUUUCUCAUCGCUACACUCCAAAAGAGCAGCUCAAACAGCACACAAUCCUUGCUGACAUUGUGGUUGCAGCUGCAGGCAUUCCCAAUCUGAUUACAGCCGAUAUGAUCAAAGAAGGAGCUGCUGUAAUUGAUGUUGGCAUAAACAGAAUCCAGGAUCCUGUCACCGCCAAGCCAAAACUUGUUGGAGAUGUGGAUUUUGAAGGAGUCAAACAAAAAGCCAGCUACAUCACGCCAGUCCCUGGUGGGGUCGGCCCCAUGACUGUUGCUAUGCUCAUGAAAAACACUAUUAUUGCUGCCAAGAAAAUGCUAAGAGCCCAGCAUCUAGAAACCUUCAAUGCUUGAUGAUGGACCUUGUGGCCAAAAGUGACAUUCCAGAUUGUCUCCCAACAACAGGCUAGAAGCCCUAGAAGCAAUGCAGUAUUUAUUUAUUUGAUGAAAUGUUUUGGCUAGCUGCUCUGCAAUAUUUAUAUAAAGCAAUUUUCCUCCAAAGCAGAGGAGCUCCUGCCAGUUGUACACAUGAUUCCGACCUUUCAAACUGCUAUUCUGAAAUGCAGGAAAUGAGAACACAACUUGAAUGGGAAAGUAGGCAGCCUGAAAGAGUAACAAAGGGCCAAAAAUGUGUCUUUGUAGUAGAAAUGUUUUAACGUACACUUGAACUGACUAACCUCGACUGAACCCAAGAUAUAAAUUAUUUGUUAGGAUUAUAGUGCAGCUAAUCUGGAGUCAAAAGUUAUUAUUUUCUACAAAGCCAUAUUUAUAUUUGAUAAUGCCUAGCAAAGCAGUUGGUAGCCUGAUCAAUACUCAGUUUUUUCCUGUUUUAAAGGAAGAAUUGGCUUGAAAGCUUGACGAUGCUUAGACAAAAUAAGGUGAGCUCUCCAUGCUUAUUCCAACUUGCUUUGUGUUUAUCUGGCAAGUAGUAAUAUUGCAGGAUGUACCUGAAUAAAAACAAUUGUUAUUUGCUUGUAAA